AUGCCGCGUUUGGAUGCAAAAUCACCCACGCCACGUCGCGCUGGAGUCAACCUCUUUCGGAUCUCAUCAGCAACGACAUGGCCAUCUUACUGGACAAUUAAGGAAGCCUCUUCUACUAACCCUGCCACGAACCUUCUUUUUGCCCUUCUUUGCUUAACAUCUUUCGACAUUGCUGAACCUUUUGCUCAGCAAUAUCCACAUUUAAAACAGAGCCUUCAACUGGCCGUUUCGUCGUACGGACAGGAGUUCAUCUUUUCCCCUCCCACGCAUCCAAAUUCCGUUGCUGUCUGUCUCUUCCUAGCCGAAUUCAGACCCACUCUAUUAGCCACCUCACAGUUUGUCGCACACAAGGCAGUCAGCCCUGAGGUGUACGUCAAUCUUGCCUAUAGAAUUGCAGAAAGACUCAAUACUCUACCAACACGAGAUGCCUCAUUUUUUGAUGAACUCAUGAACCCGCAGAGUCUAGAAUUCGAGCGGUGCUUUAACGAUUCCGUCCAGGAACUGAAGAUCCUUUCUCUCGAUUUUGGCCUUGAUGGCUUCUUGUCAAAGACCCUACCUCUCAUGCGGGCCAUAUUUGGAGAUAUGCAGCCUCAUGUCGAUGCUUAUCAACAUGUGUUGCGAUACCGCGAGUGCUCACUAACAGUGAUUUUUCACAUUCAAUGGAACAUGUCAUUUUAUGUUCUGCUCGAGGGGUUGAUUCAUGCCAAGCAAUGCUGGAGUAGCCCAGAGAGUUUGUUCCUUGUCGUGGAAGAGGUGGAAAGAAAGUGCCAGGAGCAAAUCAAGAUCUCUAAUUCAUUACUAUUGAAUGCGACUGGUCAGGGAAGACGGGAGGAUCUAUCAACAGCCCGUUCUUUGCUAGAGAUGAAAUUUCACUGGGUGUUUGCUGGAAUAUGUGGUCUAGGCCUACUCUAUACCUCAGUACUGAGAACAAGGCUUAUCGAAGGAAAAAAUGACGGGGACCCGGAUAUCCAAUCUAACGAAUCCCUCCAAAUCGUCGACCAAGUCGCCGGAAGCGUGAAUAGCCCUCCCGAUGCUCCAGGCCAGUAUCUAUCGGGAUUUCUCAAACGAUUUGGAGAAGUCUAUCCGCAGCAACUCGUGCGCGUGCUUGAGUCGUUCCUCGAGUGUGCCGAAGUGCAAAUUGACGGCAUUGCAUUCAAUGCCCCACUUCAACAGGUAGUCUAUGGGAUCGUUUUUGUGUGCAAGAACCUGGUCGAAAACAACUUCGUGCAAGUACGGGUUUUCGGACGUCUAGCUCGCAAUCACGAGAAGCAGCUGGCGCUGUUUCCUAAGUGUGCGAGAUGUAUUCGUCAGAUGGCAGUCGAGCCGUGGAAAUCGACAAAAUCUGCUUUUGCGACUGGCUGCGUCUAUGCUGCGAGUAGCAAGAUUAUAUAUGGGUUACACAAUAUCCUGGAACGACUGAGGACAGAGCUGGCAAAGGGGACAAAGUCUAAUGAAGCAUUGGACUUUUUCAAUAUACCUCCUGAUCUUUCUUCGAUCGGCUUGAACUAUGAUGGUGACUUUGGGCCAAUGAAUAUUUCUGGGAUGUGA